AUGAAGUUCCUCGCUGUCAUCGCUUCUCUCGCAGCUACGUGUCUCGCCCAAGGUAUCACUAUCCAGACAUCGACCAACGGGACGGUAUAUCCAGGACAGAACUUCACUGUUGAGGUUACCAAACCGGCGCGUGCUUUUCUCUUGGUUGAGGCGACGCCCUCAGUCGAAGUGGCGAUUGUAAUCGGCCUCGUCCAGUGCCCAGACCAGAACUGCAACUCGUCGGGCUUCAACAUCUCACAGGACAUUGGUUAUACUCUUUACUACGGGCCUUACAACCCGCAGUACGACAGUAUCGUUCCUCCGGACCACAAGCCGCCGUACCAGAACUUCACCGUGCAGGUGCCCACCCAAUUCGGAUCUGGCGAUGAGGUCGCGCUCAGCGUGACGCGUCUCGCGCUGGCGGAGAUGGCAGCCGGGAGCUCCAUUUGGCUGGAGAUCCCUUGGGUUCCUCUGACAGUGCAGUAG